AUGUCACUUUACCUCGAGAGUUCAAGAAUUAUCGCCCGAGCCAACUUCGGCGGCCUGCGAGCGGCCGUGUAUUCCGACAGAUCAAUAAAAUCGAAGCCGGAACAAUUAUACGCGCUAUGUGUUGAGACGCUCAAACAUCAGGAAAUCCUCAACGAAGUGAUUGAAAAAUCACAAAUACUAAAGGUCGAGAAGAAGCUCACGCAUCCAUUGGCAUUGGUGCUCUUACACGAUUUUCUUAUUUCGAAGAACGGAAUUGCUACCUCCAAUGGCCCGCUAAAAUCCUCGAUAUUGAGAAACCGAGCUCGUUUGUCAGCUGAAUUUACCCGCGCAAGGCUCAAACGUGGGUAUGCAACUAAGGCAGCCCUUCUUCGCGGGUCCCGGUCGAAGACACCACGGUUCCCACGAUGGGUUCGAAUCAACAAUCUGAGGGCCAACUAUGAUCUGCUCAUGAACAAGGGAGUAUUUUCUGAGUUUACUCCUGUAGACAAUCUCGAGGAUCUCUAUCCGAAUGGCGGUGAUUUGCCAAAUAAGGUCUACGUAGAUCCCUACGUCUCUGACCUAUUGGCGUUCGCCCCUGCUGCUCCCUUGAUGAAGCAUCCGCUCAAGAAAACUGGUGCCAUUGUGUUCCAGGAUAGAGCCUCUUGUGUCCCUGCACAAUUACUGGACCCUCCCCGGGACGCUUACGUCGUCGAUGCCACUGCAGCACCGGGAAACAAAACUACGCACCUUGCGUCCCUGCUAGGACCUGAUUCCAGGGGAAAGAUUUUCGCCUUUGAGAGGGACUAUCGAAGAGCAUUUACUUUGAAGGAAACGGUUGAGGCAGCUGGAGCACAGGAUCUGGUCGAGAUUAGACCGGCGCAGGACUUUCUCAGGAGCGCACCGUGGAACCCCGACGAGGAGAAUGGACUCAACAAAGUCACACAUAUACUGCUUGAUCCGAGUUGUACUGGAAGUGGUAUUGUGGAGAGGGAUGAAUAUAAAUUUGUUCCUCCGGGUGAGCCAAGAGAAAGGGGGUCAAAGGGUCUGGACGGGUCAUUUUACAAGGGCCUAAACACAUUACCGAGCGCCGUAGAAUAUGAUGACUCGAGAGUAUGGCGGCAAAGGGGGACGGUGGAAGAUCGGACUUUCUCCCUGGCCGACUUUCAGGUUCGGAUGAUUGAGCAUGCUAUGCGUUUUCCCAGCGCAACACGGAUAACAUAUAGCACCUGCUCUAUACACGCGCAGGAGAACGAGCGGGUUGUCAUGGCAGCACUAAAUACUUCCGUUGCAAGGCGCAGAGGGUGGGUGACAGAGCCUCGGCAUCUAAAUAAGAUGAGAGAUUGGUUUAGGAGAGGUAUACUGGAGGAAUGCGAGGGGAACGAACAAGUGGCGGACUCAUGUAUCAGGUUUAACCCAUGGGUUGACGGAGGUAUCGGUUUCUUCGUGGCAGUUUUUAUCAGAAAUGAGCAAGAACGGGCGCGCUUACCCAACGCUCCCGCUAUAAAAUGGGGUUUGGCGGAGAAAGCAAGGCAGAAGCGCGCAGCGAUUGUGGGGGGGUCGGGGGAAGAGGUGGAGGAGGAGGAAUGGAAGGGUAUCAGCGAUAGUGAUCUACCGGCAGAGCCCUGCCCCCGGAAGCCAAGCAUGGCACCUAUCCGGUACUACACCUCAGCUCCACCAGCGGACACUGGGGUGGUUGAGGCUCCAAGUCCGGUGAGCCAGCUGUCUCGUAAGAUACUCACCGCGGGCGGUAUCGAACCCGACACUGGCUCAAAAUUCAGCUAUGACCCCAAUUUUUCAAAAGGGCCGAAGAUCAUUCGUGGCGGGCCGAAGCCGAAGAAGUUGACCGGACGUGAAAAGCAGCGCCUGAAGCAGCAAGCGCGCGAGAAGGAACUCGCCCUCAUCCGGCCGAUCAAGAUGCGUCAACGAACGGUUCGCCUGGGGACCGCGGAGGAGGAUGAGGAGGAGGAUAUCUAUGGCUCGUGGGCAGAGGUCUUUAAGGACGACCUUGAAUAUGUGUCGAAGAAGGCGAAGUCCAUCAAGAAACGGAAUGCUAGUGUAGGAAACCUGGACAGGCUAAAGGAUGCUACGAUGCCUCUGGAAGAUUUUGACAAGAGGGAUUUCUCACGGUUGCGGCUGGGACAUGGUGGUGACUAG